UUUCUGAAAAUAAAAUGAAGUAAUUCUUUAUUUGCCAUCUGACUAUUUUAGCCAUUUUCUUGGUCGUGCUCUUUUGAACGCAAUGCCAAUAGAUUAUUAGGUAAAACAGAAUACCAAAAACACUGCUAGAAGAUAAAGAAAAUUAGUUUAUGAUUUUGAUUUUUGGUGGACGGCAUUUGACGGUUUAAGGUGGCGGAGGUUUCGAUGGGCCUUCGUUUGGGUUGGUUGACGGUGAUUGACCCACGACUAUGGGUUGUGGGUGGGAGCAUUUGGUUGGGGAAGAAGAUUCAUUUAUUAAGUGAAUAGACGAUUUUACCCUCCUCUUUUUGAUAGAAAAUGGUCAAUUUUAAUUUUGAUGGUCACCUGGCGGAAUUGUGGAUAAAACCGUCCAAAAUGACCUCACAUGCAAUGAUUGGAAAGGUAAAGAGUGAUGACUGCAAUAAUUGAAAGUUUAGAAAAAAGUCUGCUAAUGAUUCAAAUAUUUGGAGCUUUUGCUUCAAUUAUUUCUGUGAUUUAUAAUAAGAGCAUCCUUUCCUUUGCCUACCUCGUCAAUUCACUUAUUGAAUGUUUAUUUUCUUUCUAAUUUUAAAUAAUAUUCUUGGAUUUUUGGCCUUGUUUUCUUGUGCUAAAAGAGUAUUUGAGUUUUGGAGGGUUCUUUAGCAUUGUAAUGGGGAUUUGCUUCAGCAACCAAAUCAAGGCUGAGAGCCCAUUUUGUACUGGUGUUAUUUCUUCUAAAAGUGUCAGUGGAAAUGGGACUGAGCUAAGUAAUCCAAGCAGCAAGGACUCUUCUGCUUCUAUGAUGCCGACUCCUCGGAGUGAGGGUGUUAUUUCUUCUAAAAAUGUCAGUGGAAAUGGGACCGAGCUAAGUAAUCCUAGCAGCAAGGCAUCGUCUGCUUCUGUACCACAGAUUCCUCGAAGUGAGGGCGAGAUCUUGCAGUCCCCCAACUUGAAAAGCUUCACAUUCAGCGAUCGUGUUAUUUCUUCUAAAAAUGUGAGUGGAAAUGGGACCGAGCUAAGUAAUCCAAGCAGCAAGGCCUCAUCUACUUCUAUAUCCCAGAUUCCUUGGAGUGAGGGGACCAAGCUAAGUAGUUCUAGCAGCAAGGCUACAUCUUCUAUACCCCUGGUUCCUCGGAGUGAAGGUGAGAUCUUGCAUUCCUCCAACUUGAAAAGAUUCACAUUGAACGAUCUUAAGGCAGCCACAAGAAACUUUUGCCGAGAAAGUUAUUUAGGGAAAGGGGGUUUUGGUAGAGUUUACAAGGGAUGGGUUGAUGAGCACUCACUUGCAGCAUCAAAGCCUGGGUUUGGGAUGGUGAUAGCUGCUAAGUUGCUAAACAAAGAUGGGUGGCAGGGUCACAAUGAAUGGUUGGCAGAAAUUAACUAUCUUGGGCAGCUGCACCACCCUAAUCUUGUAAACUUAAUUGGUUACUGCUUGGAGGAUGACGAGAGACUUUUGGUUUAUGAGUUCAUGCCCAAGGGUAGCAUGGAGAAUCAUCUAUUCGGGAGAGGUUCUUACUUCCAGCCAAUUUCCUGGAACCUAAGAAUGAAAAUUGCUCUGGGUGCUGCAAGAGGACUUGCCUUUCUUCACAGUGCCAAGGACAAAGUAAUACAUCGAGAUUUCAAUACUUGCAAUAUCUUGCUUGAUUCGAGCUACAAUGCAAAAAUUUCUGAUUUUGGGUUGGCAAGGAAUGGGCCAAUUGGUGAUAAGACUCACGUCUCAACUCAAGUCAAGGGAACUUUUGGAUAUACUGCUCCCGAGUAUCUGAGAACAGGCCAUUUAACUGCCAAGGUUGAUGUAUACAGCUUUGGAGUGGUACUACUAGAAAUUUUAUCUGGUAAGAAAGCAAUAGACGAAAAUCGGCCACUGGGGGAAGAAAAUUUGGUUGAAUGGGCAAAACCUUACCUGUUGAACUUACAUAGAAUACUGCACAUUCUAGACCCCCGUCUCAAAUGGCAGCACCCAAUGGGUCAAGCCCUAAAGGCAGCUGCCCUUGCGUUUCAAUGCCUAAGCCAAGAACCCAAGUUUAGGCCAGACAUGGACGAGGUCGUAACUGCUUUAGAACAGGUUCUGGAGUCAAAUGGCUGCUCAAAAAAUGAUCAAAACCAUCACCAAUCAGAUUGACACAGCCAAUCUCACUAGGGAGCUAGGUCAUGCCGAAGCAGUGCUGAAGAAACUCGUGAAGUAAUGGCUUAUCCCAGUACUUCAGCUUCCCCUCUUUAAGCGUAAAAAACAAAUGGAGGCAUGUCACGAUCUUCGUUGGUUUCGUUGGUUUAGUGGUGAACUUCCCGCAUAGCUAUAUAUAUAACUCUGUCUUUUAAGGCAUGUACAUUUUUUUUUUGGGGCAAUGCUUUUGUAAUCACUAGGACAGCAUUAUUGUUAAUGAUCACAAAAUAUUAUGGUGUACGUUGUCGAGGAUGUUUUUCCAUGAAUGUCAAGAAUCCUAGUUAACCGCAAGAUAACUGCCCUUAUGUUUCUUAUGAA